ACUUCCCCCUCCCGGCGCUGAUGUGAGGGGCUGCCUGCCUGGGUGGUCUCCCUCUCUCUCCACUUUGGUGAGCUGUUGCUUAGCAGCUAAUAAUAGGAGAUGUUUGCAAAGUAAUUUGCCUCUUCCUCGGCCAAUGAGAACCAGAGCACUUUUCCAUCAAACCACCCUUUUCAGGGUUUGCAAAGGGGCUACCUCUCCAAAUGUUACUGCAACAGGAUCAGAGGUAGACUGGCGGAAUCCGCUCGCGACUUUCUUCUGCUUUAAAACGAGUUACGCGCUAUAGCUGGACGAAUGAAGACCGAAGGAUCUAUACGGAUUCGCGCACAUAAUGUUGGGAUGGAGUUGGAAGACUUUGGCUCAAGGAAAGACUAGAGAAUAUUUCUUAAAGUUGAACCCGGUGGAUGCGCGUGUCGCGAAUCUUGGAUUAUUACUAUUAUCGCCUCUGCCUAACGCACCGCGUUUGCCUUUAACUUUCUUCAGCGCUUCUUCUGCCUCCCGUUUGGACUAUGGCCUCGGAUCCCAGAGACCCGGGACCGGCCGGUGGUGUUUUUGGAGAUUUACCCCCAAGUUACACACGCUCUCCGCCGCCUGUGAACUCAGAUCUCCUCCGAAGACCCAGUUACUGCCACGCCGCUUUUGCGUUAAAACAGAUUUCUAAGGGGAAAGCUGUGGGACAGAAAGCACCACUGUGGAUUCGGGCGAAGUUCCAGGCUUUUCUCUUUUCUCUGGGCUGUCACAUCCAGCGACACUGUGGAAAAGUCCUUUUCAUUGGACUGCUUGUGUUCGGAGCCCUGUCUGUUGGUUUGCGGGUCGCUGCCAUUGAAACGGACAUUGAGAAACUAUGGGUGGAAGCUGGCAGUCGAGUGAGUAAGGAGCUACGCUACACAAAAGAGAAGCAGGGAGAGGAGUCAGUGUUCACCUCACAGAUGCUCAUACAGACACCCAAACAGGAAGGAACCAAUAUUCUUACCCAGGAGGCUUUGCUGCUCCACCUGGAGGCUGCUUUGUCAGCCAGCAAAGUUCAAGUGUCUCUUUAUGGAAAAUCUUGGGAUCUUAAUAAAAUUUGCUUCAAAUCUGGAGUCCCAAUUAUUGAAAAUGUCAUGAUUGAGAGGAUGAUUGACAAGCUUUUCCCCUGUAUGAUCGUGACUCCUUUGGACUGCUUUUGGGAAGGCUCCAAGUUGCAGGGAGGCUCCGCCUACUUACCGGGCAUGCCUGACAUUCAGUGGAUGAAUCUGGACCCCCUCAAGCUAAUGGAAGAGUUGAGCCAGUUUACAUCUUUAGAGGGCUUUCGAGAGAUGCUGGAUAAGGCUCAGGUUGGCCAUGCCUAUAUGAACCGCCCAUGCUUGGAUCCCAACGACACAGACUGCCCUUACAGUGCCCCUAAUAAGGACCCAUGGCAGGUUCCCGACAUUGCUGCUGAACUUCAGGGUGGUUGCCAUGGUUUCUCCAAGAAGUUCAUGCACUGGCAGGAGGAGUUGAUCCUGGGUGAAAGAGUAAAGGACUCCCAGAAUGCCUUGCAGAGCGCGGAGGCUCUUCAAACCAUGUUCCUCCUCAUGAGUCCUAAACAGCUCUAUGAGCACUUUAAAGAUGACUAUGAGAUCCAUGACAUCAAUUGGAAUGAGGACAAGGCCACUGCCAUCUUGGAGUCUUGGCAGAGGAAGUUUGUUGAGGUUGUCCAUGGGAGCAUUCCUCAGAACUCUUCCUCCAAUGUUUACGCCUUCUCUACCACCACUCUUAAUGACAUCAUGAAGUCUUUCUCUGACGUCAGCGUAAUCAGGGUGGCAGGUGGUUAUCUGCUCAUGCUGGCAUACGCAUGCGUGACCAUGCUCCGUUGGGACUGUGCUAAGUCUCAGGGUGCUGUGGGGCUGGCAGGAGUGCUGCUAGUCGCUCUAUCUGUUGCUGCAGGACUUGGACUGUGCUCACUGUUGGGGCUGUCCUUCAAUGCCGCCACCACACAGGUGCUGCCAUUCUUGGCCCUGGGCAUUGGAGUUGAUGACAUGUUCUUGCUGGCUCAUUCCUUCACUGAGACCAGAUCCAACAUCCCAUUCAAGGAGCGGACAGGUGACUGCCUGAGAAGAACAGGCACCAGUGUGGCUCUCACCUCCAUCAAUAACAUGCUUGCUUUCUUCAUGGCUGCCCUAGUGCCUAUUCCUGCUCUCCGUGCCUUCUCACUUCAGGCAGCUAUUGUGGUGGUCUUUAACUUUGCCAUGGUUCUGCUGAUCUUCCCUGCCAUUCUGAGCUUGGACCUGCAGAGGCGGGAGGACAAAAGACUGGACAUCCUGUGCUGUUUCUACAGUCCCUGUUCCUCUCGGGUGAUCCAGAUCCAGCCUCAGGAGUUCUCCGACGCUAAUGACAACCACCAGCAUGCUCCGGCCACCCCGACCUACACUGGCUCCACUAUAACCACCAGCACCCACAUCACCACCACUGUGCAGGCCUUCACCCAGUGUGAUGCAGCUGGUCAACAUAUUGUCACCAUCCUGCCACCCACCUCCCAGAUCUCCACCAGUCCUCCAUCCAUGGUCCUAUCCACACCCACUCCCACCGCUGACCCUUAUGGCUCCCAGCUGUUCACCACCUCCAGCUCUACCCGAGACCUUCUAGCUCAGGUGGAGGAGCCCAAAGAGGGACGAGAGUGUGUGCCUCUUCCCUUCUUUCGCUGGAAUCUGUCAAACUUUGCACGGGAAAAGUAUGCCCCUCUGUUGCUGAAGCCCGAAACUAAGACUGUAGUGGUCGUUGUUUUCGUGGCUCUUCUGAGCCUCAGCCUCUAUGGUACCACAAUGGUUCAUGAUGGACUUUACUUGACUGAUAUUGUUCCCAGGGACACAAAGGAGUAUGACUUCAUCACUGCCCAGUUUAAAUACUUCUCCUUCUAUAACAUGUACCUGGUUACCAUGGAUGGCUUCGACUAUGCCCGUUCUCAAAGACAGCUUCUACAACUUCACAAUGCCUUCAACUCUGUAAAAUAUGUAGUUAAAGACAGCAAUCACAGACUCCCCAGAAUGUGGCUGCACUACUUCCAGGAUUGGCUCAAGGGUCUUCAGGCUACAUUUGAUGCUGAUUGGGAAGCUGGCAGGAUCACCUCUGACAGCUAUCGCAAUGGCACAGAAGAUGGAGCGCUGGCCUACAAGCUUCUCAUACAAACUGGCUCUAAAAAAGACCCUUUCAACUACAGCCAGCUUACAUCCCGUCGCCUAGUGGAUGAGGAUGGUCUCAUUCCACCAGAGGUUUUUUACAUCUACCUGACAGUAUGGGUCAGUAAUGAUCCGCUGGGCUAUGCUGCCUCCCAAGCCAACUUUUACCCCCAUCCUCGGGAGUGGAUCCAUGAUAAGUACGACACCACUGGGGAGAACCUUCGCAUCCCUGCGGCAGAGCCUCUAGAAUUUGCUCAGUUUCCUUUCUACCUAAAUGGCCUCAGACAAGCCUCAGACUUCAUUGAAGCCAUUGAGAGCGUGCGCACAAUCUGCGAGGAGUUCAUGCGGCAGGGAAUCCAGAACUAUCCAAACGGCUACCCCUUUUUGUUUUGGGAACAGUACAUUGGUCUGCGCCACUGGUUCUUGCUGUCCAUCAGCGUAGUGCUUGCCUGCACCUUCCUGGUGUGCGCCAUCCUUCUGCUCAACCCCUGGACCGCAGGCAUCAUUGUUUUUAUUUUGGCCAUGAUGACAGUGGAACUUUUUGGUAUCAUGGGCCUAAUUGGUAUCAAGCUGAGUGCCAUUCCUGUGGUCAUCCUUAUAGCCUCUGUUGGUAUUGGAGUGGAGUUUACUGUGCACAUUGCACUGGGUUUCCUGACUGCCAUUGGGGACAGGAACACUCGUUCAGCCGUGGCUAUGGAGCAUAUGUUCGCUCCUGUGAUUGACGGCGCCAUAUCCACUCUGCUGGGAGUGCUCAUGCUUGCUGGCUCGGAGUUUGACUUCAUCAUGAGAUACUUCUUCGCAGUGUUGGCCAUACUGACAUUGUUGGGGAUCCUGAACGGUUUGGUGCUACUUCCGGUACUGCUUUCGCUCAUGGGCCCCCCAGCUGAGGUCAUACCCGCUAACAACGGCAAUCAUUUGCAAAGUCCCUCUCCGGAGCCCAUGCCUCCUCCUAUGAACCACCAUGGGUACUACGCUGGGCACAUCCCCAAGGGACCCCGUCAGGCGUUCUCUGAGACCUCUGACUCAGAAUACUAUUCUGAAACUACGACAACCUCUGGCAUCUGCGAGGAGGAGUACAAGUACUGUGACAGGAGCACAUACAUCACACCACCAGCUCAACCUCCAACCUCUCAUAUUCUGCUUGAAGCCAGCAAGAACCCCAGCUUCCCUAAGCUCACAGUGGUGAAACCUUUUAAUGAAAGCAGCUCUAAAGGACAGAACAGUGAGUCUAAGCAGAAUGCCGUCAACUCGGUCAGUUCGCAGAUCACACGGUGGGACAACAAACACGAGUACCAAGGGCAGAGGAGACAACAUUUACCUAGCGACAGGACCCACUGUCCUCGUAGGACUACUCAGUGUGGCCCAGGGCCACAACCAGGGAGAGGGCAGCAUCAAAACAGGACUACAGCCCCAGUCCACAGCCCUGGGGCAUUGCAGCGCCCUAACAAUGCCAUUACCAUGGUUACAGCAACAGCCUCUGUGACAGUGGCAGUGCACCCCAGUUUGCCGGGGUCGUACCAGGGUUACAUGCACGAGGGUUUUGAGAAUAACGAGUCAGACUCUUUAGAUGACUCUAAGAGGACUUCUCAAACAUAUGGGAAAGCUACACAUUAUAAGAGGGACUCUUUGGAACUUCAAGAUCUGGAAUCCACAGAAAAAAGCCAGCAUCAAGCUAACCAGACACUAGGUGGUGCAUGGAUUCAAGCAGCCAAAGAUUGCUAGACUGCUCCCAGCCCCCACAUCCCUUUGUCUGGAAUCUCUGGCUGUUUUGGGAAGUUCCCAACCCCAGCCCAGUGUCUUUUAUCUCUUUGAACUGUACAUAGACCUCACACAGACAAGAGGAUUUAUUUUAAAAUUAUUAAAAAGGUCUUCUUAGACAUUUAUAAAUAUAUAUAUAUAUAUAUUUUAAUACUAAAAAGAGGGAAACUAUUUUAAAAUGUGCUGUAUAACUUGUGUAUUCUCUUGUGUAAAUGUCAGAUGUAUAGAUUAUAAAAUGUGCUAUAUGUAAAAAUAAGUGAAAUGAUAUUGGUUAUUGAAAUGCAAGGUCAGUGUUCUUUUUUUUUUUUUUUUUUUUUUUUUUUUGCUGCUACUCUUCAAAUUUAAUAUGACGUGUCUUGAAAAUAUGCAGUACCCCUUUCCCCAACAUAAGCCAAGAUUUAACUUUAUAUUAACAAGUUCUUAAACUGCAGCCAAUAGGAAGCUUAUCUGUUUUGUUCAAAGAUGUUGACUUAUAUUUGAUUGCACUGUACAAAAUCAAAACCUAUAUAGAUAACAGUUUUUCUCAGUUGAAAUUUCCAGGUUUUUUCCUUUAUUUAUUUUACUGACAGCAACCAUUGUGCCUUCUUAACUUUUAAUCUUACAAAAAAUAAUUUGUCAAACUGUUGCAUCACUAUACUGUUGUCAUUGAUAUGGACUGUUAGCCUAAUGUUAUCAUCUGUUUUAUGACUUCUCAUGGUUUUACACAUCCUUGUUAGCAUGAAAUGCUCUGUCUAGUACAGUGUGCAGUGAACAGCAGGGCUAUAGGUCUAAUGUUUCCUGUUACAUUAUUCCGUUAUAUACUCAUUUAUAUACUUGAAGGGGUGGUUAAAUUACUUUUGUUUGUGAUUUUCCUCUAUGGUUAUUUUAGCCAUACAUGAGUAAGCUUCAGUUUGUCACUAUAUAUGCCCCAGCAAAAGUUUGGGAGACAUCAGGCAAACGUGUAGUUUACCCAAAUAUCAUUCAGAAAGGGAAUUUUGUGCGAGUGCAAAAUGAGAUUUUUGUUUGCUUGUUUGUUUUCUCUUUUUUUGUCAUCUUGUUGGCUGCUUUGUACAUUGCAAAAGCCCUGCGCAAUCGUUUACCUGGUAGUUGCCCUCUGGGCUUCUCCCAUAAGGCCAGUGUAGGGACAGAUAAAUAGCUAUGGUGCUAGUCUUCCUAGUGUUCUGUCUGCAAUGCAGUUCUUUCUUAGGUCCAAUAUUCAGCCAAAAGCUCACUCAUUCAGUAUUGGUCAAGUCACUGCCAGAAUAAAUGCAGGGAAAAGUGUUAAUGUAAGUGGCAGCUUCUCUCACUCUCUAUCUCUUUAUUUAACAAAAUAUGUUUUAACAGAAACAAACCAAGUAGCUACUGUAUCUGGAAGACAACGCAAAAUAAGCAAUCUAAAGCACAUGUACAGCUUAAGGACAGGAGUGGCUUGGGCAGACAGGAGACAAGGGUAGGGGAUGGGGGUCCUGCAUAGGGGUUUUGUUUCAAAUGUAUGUCAUGCCAUAUAAAUUAUUUAUAUUAAAUUUUUAUUUUUGUAGUUUGUACAGAUGUUAGUCACUAGACUGAAGUUAUAUUUUUAAAGAGUAAAUAUAUUAUAAAUAUAAAUAUAUAAUUAUAUCUAUUUGUUUCUGAGAUUUUGUUUUUUUUUUUUGUGGGAGGAGUAUGGGUGGAGCAGGCUUUGAAAUGUUCAUAUUGCUGUUGGAAAUAAUGAAGGCAAGGUGUGGCUACGGUCGUCCACCUUGUGUAGACUCGUUGCCUUUCCUUCUUUAUGUAAAGAUUUGAAGAGUUUCUGGUUUUGUUGUUGACUAAAACACUGUGACUUCAGAAAACUUUGUGGAAAAAAAGAAAAGAAAAACCUUUUGUGACCAUCAUUUCCUUCACCCUUUAUAGGAACUCAACUAACAAAAUAAAUGGGGAAAAAAACAA